UCGUGUUCAGUUGACUUCAAUUGUCCAAUGGCGGGAACACUCCAAACCCUAAUUUUCGCACCUGAAACAGCUAAAACGCCGUCGUUUCGUCACCGGAACCUGCAUUUCCCUUCCAAUCGUUCGGUUCUCCUUAGUCGUUCCGUCAGUUUCAACCACAGCCGUUCAAUUUCAAGACCCAUUAGAGCUACUCAACCUUCCGAUCAGGUUCCGGGUUCUCCCAAGGACUUUAAUUGGGCAAAACCCUUGUCGAAGUUCGCCGCUGAUAAUUUUCUUCCUUUAGCUCUUAUAGGUGGAGUAACAUUAGGACUUGCAAACCCUAGUCUAGGCUGUCUUGCUGAUAAAUAUCAUCUAUCAAAAGUUAGCACAUUUGUCAUAUUCAUUAUCUCAGGUUUGACAUUGCGUAGUGGAGAAAUUGGUGCUGCGGCUGAAGCAUGGCCUGUUGGAAUUUUUGGGCUAUGCUCGAUUCUAUUAUUUACUCCAUGCUUCUCAAAGCUAAUAUUGCAAGUCCAUCUCCAGCCUCAAGAAUUUGUUACAGGAGUGGCGAUAUUUAGCUGUAUGCCAACUACAUUAUCAAGUGGAGUGGCUCUUACUCUUCUUGCUGGUGGAAAUUCUGCACUUGCUCUUGCAAUGACAGUAAUAUCAAAUCUGCUUGGAAUUUUGAUUGUUCCAUUUUCUAUCUCAAGAUUCAUAGCUUCUGGAGUUGGUGUUUCUGUUCCAACUGAGCAACUUUUCAGAAGUCUUGUUCUCACUCUUUUAGUCCCUCUAAUUUUGGGAAAGGUCUUUCGAGAAUCCUUCAGAGGUUUGGCAGAAUUUGUUGAUCAAAACCGUAAACUUUUUUCAAAUAUAAGUGCGAUCUUCCUCAGUUUGGUGCCUUGGAUACAAGUGAGCAGGUCAAGGUCAUUGCUGUUAAUGGUUAAGCCCACAGUUUUUCUUGUGGCUAUUGGAAUGGGAAUACUUCUACAUCUCAUCCUAUUAGCUUUUAAUGCUAUUGCCGUAAGGAGCCUCUCAGCUGUCUCUGGUGGCAGUCAAUCAGUCUUUGCCAAGAAAGAGAAUGCCAGUGCAGUUGUUCUUGUUGCAAGCCAGAAAACUCUGCCUGUGAUGGUGGCAGUUGUGGAGCAGCUUGGUGGUGCAUUUGGAGAAUCUGGUUUACUGGUUCUUCCCUGUGUUGCUGCGCAUUUAAUUCAGAUCAUCAUGGACUCUAUUCUUGUCAACUUCUGGCCUCGGAAAGGUCUCUCAUCCAACAAUUUCAAGGUAGCUUGAACAACGGGGACACAGACCACAAUACUUUGAUAUGAGCAGCUUUCUUUGAAGAACAUGUUGAUUGUCCGUGGAAUUGCAAGUAAAUUAUAACUGCAAAAAGCUUAAAUCUGCUAGAGUUAUCUGGUCAGUUCACUUGCUAUUUUAUCCACAUCUGCCCAUUCUUUUGUGCAUGUCAAUAUAUGUUUAAUUGUUUAUCAAGAUUAUUUGCUUGUAUUUUUUGUUAAUUUAUAAGUUUGGAUUGACACCGACAAUCUUCAUCCUAGUACCUUGUAUUGAGACUUAUU